AUGGGCCUGCCCAUGGGCUCCACUGGCCCUGCUACUGUCGGAGCACGUGGUGGCCGUCGGCCGAAUGUGCUUAUAACGGGUACACCUGGCACGGGAAAGACGUCGACGAGUCAGCUGGUGGCGGAGGCGACGGGUCUGCGACACGUGAACGUGGGCGACCUUGUGCGACAGAAGGAGCUGCACGACGGGUGGGACGACGAGUACGACUGCUUCGUGCUGGACGAAGAUAAGGUAGCGACGAGCAGCAUGCGAUGGACUGGCCUCUGCCUUCCCCACCUCCUCGGCCCCGACUGCACCACUUCCCCACAUCCUCCCCAUCCCUCCCUUUCUGCCCUGCUCUCCGCUCAUCCUCACCUUCUCAGUCCAUCCUCACCUUCUCAGUCCAUCCUCACCUUCUCAGUGGUGGACGAGUUGGAGGAGAGCAUGGGUGCGGGGGGCGUGCUGGUGGUGGACGAGUUGGAGGAGAGCAUGAGCGCAGGGGGCGUGCUGGUGGAGCACCACUCGUGCGACUUCUUCCCCGAGCGCUGGUUCGACCUCGUCGUCGUGCUGCAGACCGACAACUCGCUGCUCUACGACCGCCUCAGCGCCAGGGGGUACACAGGCAAGAAGCUGCAGAGCAACAUGGAGUGCGAGAUCAUGCAAGUGCUGCUGGAGGAGGCCAGGGACAGCUACAAAGAGUCUAUAGUGCACCCCAUGCAGAGUGAUUCGUUAGAGGAUAUGGAGAGGAAUGUUGCAACAAUAAAACAGAUGGUGUCACAGUUGGAAGAGGGCGGAUAG